GAUACACCCACACCUUGAUACAUCCCCCCCUGAUACACCGACACCCAGUGACACAGUGGCCCUGAGACCGGGGGACACGGACACAGAGAGCUACCGGGGCCAAACGGGGCAGAGACAGAGAGAGAGGGGGAACGGGACACUGGGGAGGCCUCACCGACCGGGUUAGUGCAACGGGACAGACGGCCGCUAACAGGCAGCGGGACAGACGGUCGGAGACGAACAGGCCUGACGCUGGCGUCGGUUCAAACGGCGAGGGGGACGGGCGGUGGCGGCAUGAAGAGCAGGAAACAAGAGCAGCUCCCGGGGCCGCUAUGCCCCCCAGGUCCCAGUCCGUUUCUACAAGCUGAGCAGAAUUUUGAUCUGAACGUGUUGAACGACUAUAUCAUGAAGGACCUUGAGGACCUUCAGCCCACACAGCCAUGUGACUUCAACGAUGUACAUAUUGGGGAGAUUAGGAACCAACUAAUGGACCAAGUACCCAGUUGGGCCUGCAACAUCACCGAUCUGCUGCCCACCUCCACAGGCUCCCCUCUGCUGGUCGCCAGGGGCACGGGGUCCCCCCAGCUGGUCGCUAGGGGCCCGGGGCCCACCCAGAUGCCCCCCAGGGGAGGCCUGGGGCCCAGCCAGCUGGUCAGCCGUGGCCCGGGGGCCCCACAAACGGGUUCCAGGGGAGCGGAGGUGAAGCACCACGGGUCAGGCCGGGGCGCCAGGAGCAGGGCCCCGUUGCGCCCGGAGCCACGCUGCUUCCCCGUGCUGGGCCCCGGUGGCGUUGCCGAGGACCCGGCCCCAAAGCUGGUCAUCACCGAGCAGCCCAAGCAGCGCGGCAUGAGGUUCCGCUACGAGUGCGAGGGCCGCUCAGCCGGCAGCAUCCCCGGCGAGAACACCACCGAGAUCAACAAGACCCUCCCCACCGCGCAGAUCCAGAACUGGCAUGGGGAGGUCAAGAUGGUCAUCUCCCUGGUGACCAAGGAUGCCCCGUACAAGCCUCACCCCCACAGUCUGGUGGGCAAGGACUGCCAGAACGGCAUCUGUGAAGUUACCGUUAGUCCCAAAUGCAACAUGAAGGCUUGUUUCGCUAACCUUGGCAUUCAGUGCGUGAAGAAGAAAGAAACGACCAGAGCUGUCGAACACAGGUUGAAAAUCGGGAUUGACCCGUUCAACGUUGGAGAUUCUCUCAACUACCUGGAGGACAUUGACAUGAACGUGGUGCGUCUCUGCUUUCAGGCCUUUAUCCAGGACCCCUACAUCGCACUGACCCCCGUGCUCUCAGAUCCCAUCUACGACAAGAAAGCCACCAACACGUCCGAGCUGCGUAUCUGCCGGCUGAACAAGGACUGCGGAGUUUGCACGGGCGGUGAAGAGCUCUUCCUCCUGUGUGAUAAGGUGCAGAAAGAGGACAUUGCUGUCGUCUUCUCCGGCGAUAGCUGGGAGGCGCGCGGCGUCUUUUCCCAGACGGACGUCCACCGUCAAAUCGCCAUCGUGUUCAAGACACCGCCGUACUGUGACAUCGACAUCCAGCAGCCGGUGUUGGUGAGCCUGCGGCUGUAUCGACCCUCCGACAAGGAGUACAGUGACCCCUUCGAGUUCCGCUACACCCCCAAGGACAUCGAUUACUAUGGUAUUCACCAGAAGUGGAAACGGAAGAUCAAGUUCCCUCCGAUCAGCACAUUUAUUGACGCUAACAUGACUUUACCGGAAACAGCAACGGGACCGAAAAAAUCCAAUGCCUUAUCGAGCGGUGGAGAGUGAAAGAUUCCAGGACUCGAGACACGCGCAAAAGCCCUGGGAGUUCUUCGACGAGAGAUACCCGACCUUCGGCCCCGAAACGUCUACGAUGGACUCCGUGAACGACUUGUAUGGAGGAGGCUGCAAGAA